GAGGUGGAGAGGGAGAAGGAGAGAGACGAACAGGACGAGAUGAGGACCGCGGCAGCAGCAAUGGACGAAUUGACAUUGGGGUGGGAUAAUGCAGACGAGAGGAAACCACCGAGGAAGACCGAUGAGGCAUGAAAGAGAAGGCUCAGGAUACGUGCUGUAUCGCCCCAACAUGGAGGCGUAGCGACAGUAGCAUGCAUUAGAGGAGAUCAUUCCAUUGUAGCCUAGCAGCAGCGGCAUCAUCCGUCCGUCCAACCUGAGCGGAGAGGAGGAGGAGGUGGUGGAGGAGGAGGACAGAGGAGCAGAGAUGGGCUCCCAGGUUGUGCAGACCCUGCGCCAGGGAGUCUGGGCAUCUCUGACGGGGGGCUGGUACCACGACCCGGACCAGAACAAAUUCAACAACUCCUGCCACCUCUAUCUGUGGAUAUUUCUCCUGAUGUUGCCUCUGUCUCUCCAUCUGGCUUUGCCCCCCACCACCAUGGCUUUAAGCAUCUACUGUACCUCCAUCACGGUCUUCUUCAUCCUCAUCAAGAUGGCCAACUAUCGACUGCAUGUAAUGUUUGAUGAGGGUGAGGCGGUGGUCCGCAGCAGCCUCUCUGACCUCAGCAAGGCUCCAGAAAAGAAAAGCAAUGCCUCUGAUCCCUGUCUGCCCGCCAAUAUACGGAAGAGCAGUACAGUCCCUGACAGUGUUGCCAUGACUAUGUUGGCUCGCAAGGGUCCCAGUCCAGUGAUACAGGUGACCGUGAAACAGACUGAAACUGACCCUGGACUUAUUGGGGUGGAUUGUUCAAAGUCGGACGAGGCAGUGAAGACAGUGGAAGGACAGUGUGAGGGUGCUGCAGAACAGAAGCCUGUGGAGGGAAGUCUGCAGCCAAGCCCAGAGCCUUCUCCAGAUGACCUCUCUAGCCCUAAUCCUGACCAGGCCGCCCCCCUGCUGCAGGCCCAGCAGAGGCCCCCAUCCCGAGCUGAAAGAGAAGAGACACGGCCUGGAUCUGCUAGUGGGUCAGGGAAAAUGGAGACAGAAAUAAUUGAAACUGGAGCUUUGAAAGAAGGAACAGACAUUCAGAACUUUCUGACUGGGGUUGAUAGAGAGCAAUCAGAUCAGGAAAAAUCAGGUGAGAAAGACUCAGGGAAGGAUAGAAUAGAGGAGGAGAAGGACUUUGAGGAAAAAGAGGCUGAUGGUAUGGAAACAGCCGAUGAAGGUCUGCCUCCGUCCAAGAGAAGUGGAGAUGAGAGUGAGGAGGAGAGUGAGGAACAGAAAGAACCUUCAGAUGCCAACAAUAACUCACUGGAGACUCCACAGGACUGCCAGGACAAUUUCAUUGACAUUCUUGAUCUCCCUGCACAGGCUGAGCCAGUGGAGGAGAUGUACUGUUCUGAUGAGAUUGAAGUGGUUCUAGUGGACAACUCUGGUCCUGGGCCUGUGUCGGCUCACCUGGAUAAAAACGAUACAGUUAAGAUCAUCAUCACUAUGAGCUGUGACCCUCAGACUGCUGCUCAGCUGGAGGAGAGCGUCAAGCAGAGCCUUCUAGAGAAUGCACAGGCUCAGAAGGAUGCCGGAGAGUGUCACAUAAAGAUCCCCGUCAUCACCUUCGACUCCCCUGAGGAUGAGAAGCAGGAGGCAGAGGAGGAAGAAAAAGAGUCGACUCUCUCAGAAGAUGACCCCACCCUGAAACAACAACAGACAACAAGCCAAAGUGAAGAGUUUCACAUGUGUAGAGAAACAACCAGUUCUGAGUUCACCACGAUGGAGGGUCAAGAUCCAGACCAGGAACAUGUUGGUUUACAGAUGACUAAUGACAGCACGCCAAGCCCACAGCUUACAAAUGAUAACAGCUCAUCAGGUAUUGAUGUCCACUCACACCCUGAUGACACAGACCCUCUGGAUCCCAAUGUGGAUUCACAAGGUUUCCUGCGUCUGCCGCCAGCUUUUGGCCGUUACGGGCCUGGGGGAAGGACUCACAUCCGCGGGAUGAGCAUGGACAGUGGAAAAGACGCGGUUCUUCUUUCAGACCGCUCACAAAACACAAACACCAUGACCAGUUCCAAGUCAGAUCUGGAAGCAAAGGAGGGCCAGAUGCCCAAUGAAUCCAACUUCUUGGAGUUUGUGUCUUUGUUGGGGUCUCUCAGCUGCAGAGGGGGAACCGCCAGCAUGCAGGAAGAUGAGGGGACAGAAUGCAAAGAGGAAGAGAGCACUGCAGAGGAAGAAAAUCUGAGUGUGACUUCCAGACUAGACCAGACGAUAACAGAGCCAAACACAGACGGCAAACCAGAGAGACCAAAACCUCCCACCAGUCUGCCCACCAACACACUCCAGGCUAUACCACCCACACAAAUCCCAAUAGUUUCCCCUGACAGUCCACAAACAGACAGAGAGAAGGAUCCAGAUUAUGAUUCUCUACCCUCACAAACCUCUCAAUCAGAGAGCUCCAUGCUGCAGGUCAUCUGCAGACCAGAGGCUACCAACAAAGAAGAGGCCUACACCUUCCAUACUGUGCACAGAGACAGGCCCCGUAAACUGUAUGCAGAGAGAGCACUCAACCUGCCACUAGGAGCUGAGCUCAUCACCGGCAACAUGUGUGACCUGCUGUCAACUUCCUCGAACUCAGAGUGUCAGGAUGGACUUGCGGGCGGUCACUCUGACUGCCCGUUCCAGCGACGCAUCAUCCCCGCACACAGACUUCGACCACGAAGGACUCACCCUGAGAUCUUUCAGGAGGAGGACUCUUUGGAUGAUUCAUCAGAGACCUCCACUCAGGAGAAACCGACCAGGAAGAUUUAUUACAAACUUAAACUGUUUCCUGGGAAAUGGAUCAACAUUUUAUAUGACCGUCUCACCCUGCUUGCCCUUUUUGACAGGAACCAGGAAGUUUUGGAGAAUCUGGUUGCAGUCUUCAUGGCCUUCUUGGUUUCUUUCCUGGGUUUUGUGCUUCUCAAUCAUGGCUGCUUUAAAGAUUUCUGGGUCUUCCAGUUCUGCCUUGUCAUUGCCAGCUGCCAGUAUUCCUUACUGAAGAGUGUUCAACCAGAUGCAGCUUCACCAACACAUGGUCACAACCAGCUGGUGGCCUACAGUCGAGCGGCCUACUUCUGUAUCUUCUGUACUCUGAUCUGGCUGCUGGAGCAGCUGCUGAGGAUUAAGGACUUGCCCGUCUCCACUCUGUAUGGAGUCACCAUCGUGUGCCACGACGCACUGCACUUCUUACGAGACCUGCUUGUGGGUUUUACCUACUGCUUCCCAAUCACCUUCCUGGUGGGCCUUUUCCCUCAGAUCAACACGUUCACCAUCUACGUGCUGGAGCAGAUUGACAUGCACCUGUUUGGAGGGACAGCCGCUACGAGUCUCGUCUCUGCAGUCUACAGCAUCCUACGCAGUCUGGUCGCUCUGUCUCUGCUCUACGGUUUCUGCUUCGGAGCUCUCAAGGAGCCGUGGGAUGAGCAGCACACACCGGCUUUGUUCUCUGGUUUCUGUGGCCUUUUGGUGGUUUUCUCCUACCACCUCAGCCGACAGAGCAGUGACCCCUCUGUGCUACUGUCUCUGAUCAAGGCAAAGAUUAUGCCUGCUUUGGUGGAGAGUGAAGAAGAGGAGGAGGAAGACACAGACAUUAAGGACCCACUUCCUGAGAAACUGCAGAACUCUAUGAAAGAGAUUCUGCUGUCAGAUGUAGUCGUGUGCUCUGUCGCCUACAUUCUGACCUUCGCCAUCACAGCCAGUACUGUGUUUCUGUCCCUUAAGCCCUUUGUUACCAUCGUGCUGUACGCUCUGGCUGGGACAGUGGGGUUUGUCACCCACUAUCUGAUCCCCCAGCUGAGGAAGCACCAUCCCUGGUUGUGGAUCUCCCAUCCGGUGCUCAAGACAAAAGAGUAUCACCAGUUUGAGCCCAGAGAGGAUGCUGUUCUGAUGUGGUUUGAGCGACUGUACGUGGGGCUCCUGUGCUUUGAGAAGUAUGUGGUGUACCCCGCCAUCGGGCUCAGUGCGCUCACUAAUGAUGGCUUUGCCCUCAGCCACCGCAAGAAGCUGGGAAUCCACUGUGAUGUCCUUCUGACGACAGUUGCUGGACAACUCCUGCGUUCAUCCUUCUGCGACCCGAGCUUUCAGUUCCUCACUCUGCUCUUCACACUCGUCUUUUUUCAUUUUGAUUGUCCUCAUGCCUCAGAGAGCUUCCUGCUGGACUUCUUUGUCAUGUCAAUUAAUUUCCACAAGGUGAGAGAACACAAGCUGUUGCUGAAGCUCCAUUUCAUCUGUUACAUUGCUCCCUGGCAGAUCGCCUGGGGCAGCGCUUUCCAUGCCUUCGCUCAGCCAUUUGCUGUACCUCACUCAGCCAUGCUACUGCUUCAGACUUUGCUCACCACUGUCUUCUACACCCCGCUGGCUCCCUUUGGCAGUGCCAUCUUCAUUUCCUCUUAUCCUCGGCCCAUCAAGUUUUGGGAGCGAAACUACAACACAAAGCGCAUAGACAAUUCCAACAGCAGGCUGGUGUCCCAAGUGGAUAAGGAGACAGGGUGUGAUGAUAGCAACCUGAACUCCAUCUUUUACGAGUACCUGACCCGCUCGCUGCAGCAUUCACUUUGCGGAGACCUCAUGCUGGGUCGAUGGGGCAACUACGGAGCUGGAGACUGUUUCAUUCUGGCGUCUGACUACCUCAACGCCCUGGUCCACCUCAUUGAGAUUGGCAACGGGUUGGUCACGUUCCAGCUGAGGGGGCUGGAGUUCAGAGGUACGUACUGCCAGCAGCGAGAGGUGGAGGCAAUCACAGAGGGCGUGGAGGAGGAUGACGCAUGCUGCUGCUGUGAGCCCGGUCACUUGCCCCACAUGCUGUCGUGCAAUGCGGCCUUCAACCUACGCUGGCUGGCCUGGGAGGUGAUGGCAACCAAGUACCUGCUGGAGGGUUACAGCAUCAGUGAGAACAACGCCGCCACCAUGCUUCAAGUGUACGAUCUCCGAAAGCUCCUCAUCACCUACUAUCUGAAGUAUCACUCCUACUACCUGGUCCACUCUCCCAAACUCUCCCCCUGGCUCAAGGAUGCCUCCAUUGAAGAGGCGCUGCAGUCCUACACCAAGUGGCACCACAUCGAACGUGACCCUCAGGUCUUUAGUGUGAAGAUUGAUGAAGACUACGUGCACUGCCUGCAGGUGACGCGUGCCAGCUUCUGCAACGUCUACCUGGAGUGGAUCCAGUACUGUGCAGGGAAGAUGGAGACGCCUGUCGACAGUGAUGAAGACUCUACUUUGGUGACUUUGUGUUACGCUCUCUCUGUCCUGGGGAGGAGAUCACUUGGCACAGCGUCACACAACAUGUCAAACAGUCUGGAGUCUUUUCUUUAUGGAUUUAACACCCUCUUCAAAGGAGACUUUCGCAUCGCUACCAAAGAUGAGUGUUUUGCUGAUCUGGACCUCCUGCAGAAGGUGGUGGCUCCUGCUGUCAGAAUGAGCAUCAAACUGCAUCAGGAUCACUUCACCUGUCUGGAGGAGACCGAAGAGGCAUCUAUCUUGUACGAAGCCAUCACAAAUUACCGUAGCAGCUUGGUCAUCUGCCAUGAGAGUGACCCGGCCUGGCGUAAGGCGGUGCUAUCUAGCCGCGACACGCUGCUCACACUCAGACACAUGAUCGAUACGGCACCGACGGAGUACAAGAUCAUCAUGCUGUACAAACGCCACCUCAGCUUCAAGGUCAUCAAGAUAAAUAAAGAGUGCGUGCGAGGUCUGUGGGCCGGCCAGCAGCAGGAGUUGGUGUUUUUACGGAACCGAAACCCGGAGCGUGGCAGCAUUCAGAACUCAAAGCAGGCGCUCAGAAACAUGGUCAACUCAUCAUGUGACCAACCACUCGGCUACCCUAUGUAUGUGUCACCACUUACCACGUCAUAUGCAGGAACACACCGCACACUGCGCAGCAUUGGAGGAGGCUUAAGCCUGGACACUAUUCGCUCAUGGCUGUGCUCGAAAUGGUUACGAGUGCGUAAGGACAACCUGACCAGCUGUAACAGCGGUGUGAACAUGGAGGAUGUGGACUGUGCCGCUGGUGGGUCUUCCUCUCUGAGCCACAACCGCCCGUCCUCUGUGACGUCCAACAGCCUGAGCCUGUACCAGCACAGAGCCAGGACGACACACAGCCACAGACACCACAACGCAGCAAGGAGAGAAUAUCGCAGUCGGUCAGUGCAGCCACAGAGUCAGCGUCCCCCAGUCACCAGCCAAUCAGGACCCAUCCUGGACUCAGGCUCCACCCAUGGGCUUGUGCUAGGACGUCUGUCCAACAGUCAGCUGUCCUUCAACACUUCCAUAGCCUCCAUUUUCUCCCAGGUUCCUCGUCUGUCAGGAGCCAGUGGGAUCAGCUCUCAGCUGCAGGCAGCGCAGCAUCAGCAGCGCUCUAGCCAGGUCUCCUCAUCUUCAUCCACCCUCAGCCUGCUGUUUGGGAAGAGAAGUUUCUCCAGUGGGCUGGUUAUCUCGGGGCUAUCUGCUGGAGGGGGGAACACCACCGAUACACAGUCCUCGUCCAGUGUCAACAUCGCCAUGGGACCCUCACAUAGGUCCAGCAGCAGGGCAACGCAGUGGACAUCAGAGGCUUAUGAGAGUAUAGACGCGACUUACUCCAACGCUGCCACCACAGUGAAAGACGGCGCUCAGUCAGGAGACAGAGACUGCAGCCAGGGAUUAGACAAGACCUUGGAGGACUCAGCAUCGGCUUCAACAGCUCCAGAGGCGACCGAUCAAAAGACUGUCUGACAGAAAACACCCACAAACACACAACCUGACACACGAGUGUCCAUACACAUGCCCACAUACAGGGAGGACUGUAUGAAAAGUUACACAUACACAUACAUUCAGAGGAUUGUAUGAGAGAGCACCCAUGCACACCAACCUGCCUCCUCUUCUGCCCUUAGCAUGUGGUCUCACCUUGUUCGUCGGAAUGUAAACAAGUCUGAAAACAAGAUCCUGGGUUUGGUUGAUGAAUUAAAGCAGUUUUUAAAUGAGA